UCUAUUUUAAAACUGGGUUUGUGGUAUCCAUAGUUCGGUUGAAUUAGAAGAGCGAGAGAACCAUGUGGGUUCAGUGUUGAUUUCCGUGGACGAAAUGUGUGCCAACUAGUGUAAAGGUUGUAACAGUGCGUCAUAGUUAGUCAAUCUAUAUAUUCUUAUCAUGUCGUCUUUCUUUAUAAAGAAAAAAGGACCGCCAAAGGUUUUCAAAAAGAACGAGAAUUCAGCAGGUUCAAAACGAAAGAAUGAUACAGACACAGGAAACAAACUCAAGAAAAAACGAAAUUCAAAGCACAAUGAAGAAAUCUCCAGCGACUCUGAAACAGAAGGCCUUUCACUGCACAGAAAACGGAGGGCCAAUUUCGACGAAGAGUUUGAUGAGACCCCACAGGAGAAAAAACUACGAUUAGCUAAACUUUACCUCGACCAAUUGAGGGAUGAGGAAGAAAAGAAGGCAGAGGAGGAGUCCUUUGAGAUGGACCUGAUUGCUGGAAGACUUCAAGAAGAAGUGCUUGAGCAGAAAGGACAGCUCCAACGGAUGGUUGCAAAAGAUCUCCUGCCACCAGAUGUGUCAGAGAUUCGUCUGUUGAGGGGCCACAAGCUGCCAGUCACCUGUCUGGCCAUUUCUCCCGAUGACCAACACGUAUUUUCCGCUUCCAAAGACUGCUCCAUCAUCAAAUGGGAUGUUGAGAGUGGUAAGAGACUUCAUACGAUAGCUGGUGGGAGGAAAGGAACAGAGGAUCGCCAUGUGGGACAUACGGCCCAUGUCCUAUGUAUGUCUAUAUCAUCGGAUGGCAAAUACCUGGCUACUGGAGACAUGAAUAAGUUGAUCAUGAUCUGGGAGGCAGCAACAUGUAAACACCUGUACAAGUUUACAGGACAUAGAGGCCCAGUAUCGGGCCUAUCCUUCAGGAGGGGCACCCAUGACUUGUACAGUGCUUCUCAUGACCGCUCCAUCAAGGUGUGGAACGUGGAUGAAAACGCCUAUGUGGAAACACUGUUUGGACACCAGGAUGUGAUCACAGGGCUGGACAGUGGGAGUAGGGAGCGCUGUGUGACUGCAGGGGGGAGGGACCGCACUGUGAGGGUGUGGAAGAUCGCUGAGGAGUCCCAGCUAGUGUUCCAUGGCCAUGAGGGCUCCAUCGACUGUAUCCAGCUCAUUAACGAGGAACACAUGAUAACAGGCGCUAAUGAUGGCUCUGUCUCCCUGUGGAGUGUGAACAAGAAGAAGCCUCUUAGCAUGGUGAAGGCAGCCCACGGUCUGCAUGGCGACUCGGGACUGGAGCAGCCCUACUGGGUAGCGGCCGUGGCAGCUCUGCAGAACUCUGACACCGUAGCCUCAGGUUCCCACAACUCUAAGGUGCAGCUGUGGAAAUGUGGUCAAGGGUUCCGUCAUCUGGAGCCUCUCUUCAGCGUCCCUGUGAUUGGUUUUGUCAACAGUCUAAAGUUCUCCAGUUCUGGGAAGUUCCUGGUGGCAGGAGUAGGACAGGAGCACAGGCUUGGUCGAUGGUGGAGACUGAAAGAAGCGAAGAACGGACUCUACAUUAUUCCUCUGAAACGACGACAAGAAGAGGUGAAUGGAGAAAAGAAUGGGGAGUAGCUGAUCUGUGUAUGCCUUAGAAUAUGAUAUGUAUGACAUUUGAUUUUGUAAAUUAAAUUAUUUCCAGAAAUACUAUUUGUAUUACUGCCUAUCAAUUAACUACAGUAAAUGGUUUGUUAGAAAACAACUUUCAUUCUAUUUUAAAUCUCAUUGAAGUCUUGUGCUCUGUCUGCAUCUAAUAUCAGUCUGUGCUGUUGGUACCUGUAUUCUCUCAGCUACACCGCUUGUGGACUGUAGAUCGAAAAAUCCCCUGUGAUUUGGUUAUUUGAAAAUGAAAUUAUUUAACAACUUUUGUGUCACCAGAGGUUGAGUUAAUGCAGGAUUCUGUGUUCUUCAUGCAAAAAAAGAUAAGCUACAACACAUCUUGCUGCAUUUUUGUAAUUGCAGAUCUAAAAUGCUUCAACUUUAGUCAGGGUUUGUUACAACUCAUGAAUGUAAAAGAAGUAGUUUUGUGCUUCAGUUACACUUCUCCACUUGUAUGAAAUUUGCUCUGAUUGGAUCACCAGCGGGUUAUUUCCUCAGGUGUUUUUCUCUGGUAGAAAGUUCAAAUGCAAGAUUAUCUACAAGCAAAACAUUAAGAAAUGUAGCUGGCUACAUGCUAUCAUAAACAUUAGAAAUUGAUGGACAUUCAUGAUUUUUGCAAAAAAUAAAUCUUGCCUUUUCAUUGUAA